CAUAUUAUCAGAGAUCACAAUGAGAGCAACGGUUUCGCUGUUGCUUUUGGCGGUCCUGACGUGUGUUGUUGCUGUUCGUUACGAAGCUAACUGGCCCUCCAUAGACUCCAGGCCGCUACCAGCAUGGUACGACGAAGCAAAAUUGGGAAUCUUUAUUCAUUGGGGUGUCUUUUCGGUUCCAAGUUAUUCUCCUGAUUCCUUGGCGGAAUGGUUUUGGUGGUGGUGGAAAGGGGCUAAACUGAAACCUUACAGCGAUUUUAUGGCGAGGGACUAUAAACCAAAUUUCACAUACGCUGAUUUCGCCCCAUCUUUAACCGCUGAAUUUUACGAUCCUAACGAAUGGGCAGAUAUAUUCCAGCAUUCUGGUGCUGAAUAUGUUGUCUUUACUUCCAAACACCACGAAGGGUAUACAAACUGGCCUUCUAAUUAUUCAUAUAGUUGGAACUCAGUGGCUGUAGGACCUCACAGGGAUAUGGUUGGAGAACUAGCAACAGCUAUAAAAACGAGAACUACUCUUCGUUUCGGUCUAUACCAUUCUCUGUUCGAGUGGUUCCAUCCUCUUUAUUUGAAAGAUAAAGCAGGCAACUUUUCGACAACAACGUUUGUAGAUACAAAGACAACCCCAGAAAUGUAUGAAAUUAUAAAUACUUACAAGCCUGAAGUUCUCUGGUCUGAUGGUGAUUGGGAAGCUCCAAGUACUUACUGGAAGUCUGUUGACUUUUUAGCCUGGUUAUAUAACGACAGCCCUGUUAAAGAUACCAUUGUAACCAACGAUAGAUGGGGUAUAGAUGCCAACUGUCAUCACGGUGGUUUCUUGACCUGCAUGGAUAGAUAUCAACCUGGUGUCCUGCAAAAAAGGAAAUGGGAAAAUGCAAUGACAAUUGAUGGAAAAUCAUGGGGAUAUAGAAGAAAUGCCAACUUGAAAGAUUACCUAUCUAUCCAUACGCUGAUAGCAACAUUCGUUGAGACAGUCAGCACUGGUGGAAAUAUGUUGAUGAAUGUUGGGCCAACAAAAGAAGGUGUAAUCAAUCCUCUUUAUGAAGAAAGACUGAGACAAUUCGGUGACUGGAUGGGAGUUAAUAGUGAAGGAAUUAAAGGCACUCGGCCAUGGACUACUCAAAACGACACUUUAACUCCAAAUGUCUGGUACACAAUGAAAAUGUCCACAGUAUACGCCGUUGUGCUCGAUUAUCCAAAAGGCCCACUCCUUAGCUUGGACGCCCCAAUGACUAAGGCUGGCGCCACAGUAGAAAUGCUUGGAUACCCUGGAACAUUUACCUGGACCGCCAGACCUGGAAAAGGAAUUGAUAUCACCAUCCCUGCUAUUCCUGCAGAUAAAUUACCCUGCCAGUGGGCAUGGACAUUUAAGUUUUCUGGUUUAGCUAAUUAAUAAAUACUUUGAUAU